CCAAAGCCACCGGCUGGCCCCAGUGCAUCCUCACAUAAGUGCGCAGAUCCCGGGCUUGGGGUGCGACGGCGGUCUCACGUGGAAGCGGAUUGCAGACCCCUGGCAAAUUGUGGAGCUGGGGGAAGGAUUCAAGAUGGAUUGGCAUCAAAGUUCACUUCUUUAACAAAAGUGCUUUAUGACUUUAAUAAAAUGUUAGAGAAUGGUAGGAUCUGUGGAAGCCCUUUACAAAAACUUGUGAUAGAAAGUUUUGAUGAUGAGCAGACUUUGCAACAACUGGAAUUGCAAAAUGAACCAAUUUUACAAUGCUUCCAGAGUGCAGUUAGUGAAAAAGAUGAAGGUAUCAGUCUUCUCUCAGAGAGUGAAAAACAGGAGGGUGAAGAGGAUGGUUCAGAGACAGAGGCUGAUGGCCAGGAGGACCUAGAAGAUUUAGAGGAGGAGGAGGAAAUGUCAGAUAUGGGUGGUGACAAUCCUGAAGUGGGUGAGAGAGCUAAAAACUCAAGCAAAUUCGAUCUGAGGAAAAACCCAGUUUUCAGUGAUGAGGAUUCUGACCAUGACUUUGAUAUCGACAAACUGGAACAGCAGAGCAAGGUGCAAAACAAAGGACAUGGAAAACCAAGAGAAAAGUCCAUAGUAGACAAGAAAUUCUUCCAACUCUCUGAAAAUGAGGCCGAUUUAGAAAACAGGGAAAAAGAAGAGGAACAAAAAGAUGAUAAUGAUGAUGAGGUGGAAGAUACUGAUUUUUUUGAAGAUAUUGAUUCUGAUGAAGAUGAGGGGGGACUGUUUGGAAGUAAAACACUUAAGUCAGGUAAAAGUUUCAGAAAUGUGAAGUACAGUUUUUUUGAUCCAGUCGAAAGUGAUGAAGACAUAGCAAGUGAUCAUGAUGAUGAGCUGGGUUCAAAAGAUGAUGAAAUUGUUGAAGAAGCAGCAGAAGAACUAAGCAUUUCUGAAAUGGAUGAAGAUGAUGAUCUGGAAGAAAGUGAAGACAGUAAACAAUGUAAAGACAGCUUGAAAAGAGUGAACUUUGCUUUGCCGGAUGAUGAGGCAACUGAAGAUGCAGGUGUUUUAAAUGUAAAGAAAAAUUCUGAUGAAGUUAAAUCCUCUUGUGAAAAAAAACAGGAAAAGGUAAUAGGAAUUUAAGGAAUUUUUAAUAUGCUUGACAUGAUUGUGGAACUCACAGAAUACUAACAAAUCUUCCCUAUUUUUCUUUUUCUUUUUUUUUUUUUUUGAGAUGGACCAAGGACCAGUUUUUCUAACUUCAAAUAUUAUGUGCAACAUUAGCAUCUAUCUGCAUAAAACUAUCUGCAUAAAACUUCAAAUGCCUUAUCCUCCAGGUUUCUUGAUGACUUCCAAUAAUCAUUUCCUUUAUAAUAGCUUAUCACCACACAACUUUCUAGCUACCUCACCCAUGGCAAAUUCUAGACCUUAUUAUCAGUACUCAUAUCAUUUCUAAAAUCUCUAUUUUAAACAUGUAUUUUUAAAAAUCUCCAGUUAUGACCUUUUCCGGUGGGUUCUUCUUUAUAAAAGUUCUGGUUAUUUUGAAGUCUCAAAGUGCUGGGAUUACAGGCUUGAGCCACCGAGCCCAGCCUGUGGUUUCUAUUUAACACACAUAAAGUACUCAGCUGACUUUAGGAUAUGUAGUAAAUAUUCAUUAAGUGUCAGUUGUGUCUGGAAGGCGCUUUCCCACCUUCAAGAAGCAAUUCAAACUUCUUGUCCCCCUGCUCAGCUCUAUUUGGCGUUUCUCCUUCUGGGCACCUAGAGCACUUUCACCUACAUCUUAUUUCACAUCUCAUGUUAUAGUGAUUUUUAAAAUUAUCACAUGUCCUGGUCUCUGAAAUCAAGAGAAUAUUAUUUUAUAUUUUAUUAUAAUCUCAGUUUAUUAUAAAGGUGCCUGACACAUAGUAGGCAUUCAAAGAUUGUUGCUGGUUAAAUACUUAUGACCAAUUGAUCUUUGAUUUGGGAUAAAGCAUAUAGAAAAAUAAGAGAAGAAAAGAUGGAGUUGAACUGUAGAACAUGGGCAAGAGAGACAUUUAAGGAUUUCAUUGUAUUCAAUUGCUUGGCUGUCUGGGAAUUGGUGAUUAUGAAAUAUAUAAUGUGAUUUGACCCAGUGAAAAUUGGGCAGGUGAAUGAAACUCUAUUUGGGAAGAUUGGCACUCUUGAGAACUGACAAAAACUGUAUCUUCCAUCAGCUUUAGUGUUAUUUCGGUUCUGCUUACCUGUGGCUAUUAAUCCCGAUCCUAACUGCUGUAGAACCUAAUAUCCUCCCAAAUGCCAUCCUCUACAAAUUGCAAAAGUAUUUUCUCAGACAAAUUCUGAGUUUCUCUCAACCUGCUGAGGUGAAUUUGCAAUUACUUUUUGGCCUGGAGAACAUACCUUUAAGACGCAACUUUGAAAAAUGAAUUCCAAAGCACCAUUAUUGUGCAUGUAGAAGAAAUCCUUAUUUUGCAUAUUAUUCACCUUGAUCUGAAUCUUUUAUAUUGCUUGGUUUAUGUGGGGUUUAUGGUAUGUGCAGGGAUUUUUCUCCUUCAUAAAGGAGAUGGCUCAGCCAUCUACUCAAAGUGAGUUUGAUUUAAAUAUCAAUAUUAGGAAGCUGAAUUGCUUCAGAAGAUUGUGAGACUGAAAGCAAUUGUUCUGCUCAGCUCCCCAAGGACAAAGCAAGGGAAUUGAGCCUUGUCCAGGACCAUGGGAAAGUGUCAACUUGGAUGACAGGCUGGUGUUACUGAAACAUUUUAAAACAAUUGUUUACAUGAGAAUUAUUUUUUAAAGAACUGUGGUGUGAAUCACUCAGUCUCUUAGGUAGCUGACAAAUUUAUACAAGUUAUCAGUGAGAUAGAUGGGCAGGUGGUAAUUUUUUUUUUCCUGUUAACUAAGAGUUGGUGCCAGGGAGGCCCAGGGUCUAGGUUUCAUUUUUAUAAGGGUUAGCUAGCUAAAUUUAAUUUCCUACUGUUGAUAGCUCCUUAAUUUUCACUCUUAUACAGUAGUCCCCCCUUAUCCAUGGUUUCACUUCCUGCAGUUUCAGUUACCUGUGGUCAACCAUGGUCUGAAAAUAUUCGAUGGAAAAUUCUAGAAAUAAUUCAUAAAUUUUAAAUUGCAUUCCGUUCUGAGUAGUGUGAUGAAAUCUCACACUGUCUUGCCUGGGACAAGAAUCAUCGUUUUGUCCACCGUUUCUGCACUGUAAUACUGCUUGCCCAUUAGCCACCUAGUAGUGGCCUUGGCUAUCAGAUCAACUGUCACAAUAUUGCAAUGCUUGUGUUCAAAUAACCCUUGUUUUACUUAAUAAUGCCCCCAAAGUGCAAAAGUAGUGAUGCCGGCAGUUUGCAUAUACCAAAAAGAAGCUGUAAAUGAGUGCUUCCUUUAAGUGAAAAGGUGACCUUGAUGUUCCUUGGCUAGGGUUUAGUGCUAUCCACAGUUUUAGCCAUCUGCUGGGGGUCUGGGAGGGCAUCCCGCAUGGAUAAGGGGGACCACUGUAUUUUUAUAGAUGUUCUAUUUUAUUGCUAGUUGUUGUUAAUAUCUUACUAUGUCUAAUUUAUGAAUUAAACUUUAUCAUACGUAUGUACAUAUAGGAAAAAGUGUACAUAGGAUGUGGUACUAUCUGCAGUAUUCAGUCAUCCAUUAGAGGUCUUGGAAUGCGUCUUCUGUGGAUAAGGCAGACUACUAUAGUUAACAUUCAUUUAAACACAUAGGAUUCCACUGGAUCCUCAUGACUGCCCUGUGAAGUAGAUAGUUAUUCCCAUUUCAGAGAUGUAGAAACCCAGGCUCAAAGAAGCUAAAUAAUGAACUCAUGAACACAAAAUAGUAUGUGACUGUGAUUGUCAGUUUUAUGUGCCAACUCGUCUGGGUUAUAGUCCCCCAUUAUUCAAUCAAACAUUAAUCUAGGUGGUGUUGUCAAGAUAUUUUGUAGAUAUGGUUAAAGUCUAUAAUCAGUUGUCUUUUUUUUUUAAUUUAAAGAAAUUUAUUUUUUCUUUUUUUUUAUUAUACUUUAAGUUUGAGAGUACAUGUGCACAACAUGCAGGUUUGUUACAUAUGUAUACAUGUGCCAUGUUGGUGUGCUGCACCCUUAACUCGUCAUUUACAUUAGGUAUAUCUCCUAAUGCUAUCCCUCC